CGCCUCUUUAGAACCGCCACGCUGCACAUUCAUGGCAACAGCUGGGAAUGUAGCCCGCCAGCUACGGGACCGGACGCUUCGCCAAAGGUCUAUACGUGUGCUUGUCUCCCCUACGCCAAUUACUUUCGCCGAACGCCGCUCAAUUCUGCAGGUGUUGGAGCAAUAUGGACCGGUUGAAUUUUUCAAGAUGCUUCCCAAUCCAAUUGCGAAUUUCAAGAGCCACUAUUCUCAAUAUGUAUCGAUAACAAAGGAGCCCACAACUGCCGAGAGAUUGGUGGCCAGCAGUCCUCUCACGUACAAGAUUACAGAGCCUACCCGCAAGGCUGUGGAGGAUAUUUACGUUGCGGAUUUGGACGAACCCGAAGGCUUCAGUACCCUACAGCCGACAGUGACCGGGGAGCAGACCAAUAGCGUGAGCUCACGGUCCGACGGACUAAACGAUGAUCCAACGCAGGGCCAGAAAGAGUUCAAGAUACACGUCUUCCCUGCGCCAGAUUACAACCAUAGAUUUGCCAUGGCGGGAUCACCGCUGCAUAUCCCCUGGCCCAGUGCGUACGAGCAGGAACAGUCAUUCAUUGCAACAACACUGAAGCAGUCGUUGCCCAAAAGUAUAGCCAGUGUAGGGCUUGCGCAUUGGCUUGUGAGCGAUGGCAGCGCGUUGCGCAUGGAGCGCAAAGUCAAAAGGAAGCGGAUUAGGGAUUGGCUUCCCAGCAAAAUGAAGAAAGGCACGACUGAGUAAGCCGACAAGGCUAUUCCGCGACACAAGACUGCGAUUCUUACUACAGAGUGUCUCAUGUGCCGUUGUAAGUGCUACGGCCAAGAAGAAAGACACCGGCUGUGUUCCACAAUGGAUGCGCCAUGGCUGAAACAGCUUAAUUUGUUCUCUGCGAUAACCCAGAGGGAGAUGCAACACGGCGCUGCAAAUGUGGGAGGCUGGGCUGUGCGGCUUGUCGCACAAUAUGUCACUGCUUGGAAAAUUAAAGGUUGGCUCUUAGUCUCUCGCGCUGUGUUGUCUCUCAAGAAAUGACACCAAUUUUAAUUUUCUAGAUCAAAGCAGGGAAGACUUUCUGUACUGCUGCCACUAAUACCAACACCAUUCACAAGGAAGGCAAUUGACAGCUUCCAAAAAUG